AUGGGAAACGCUGUCUUUGCAGUGACCACUCCUUGGCUUAUGGGUGGUAUCACCUCCUAUCCCAGACGAGACUUUCGUGUCUGUCUGGAGUAUGGGCUUCUUUUUGUUGACGUUUCCUUAUGUUGGCCUGCUCCUUUCCUCCUUCGUGGAGGAAAUUUAAAAUAUGGAGCAAAUCGACGAUACGCCACGUCAAACCAGGAGGAACCGGCGCUUCUUGGUAAUCCGUUUGGAUUACUGUAA